GUGACGUGUGAGAGGGCGAGAGAUAAACAGAUAUAGAGAGAGGGCGAGAGAGUGUGAUAGAAGAACAGGCAAAGUAAGAGAGAGAGAGAGAUGAAGGUGUCACUGGGCUUGAUCUGCAUCCUGUGUCUUUCAGCACUCUGUUCAGGGUCUCAUGUGGUGGUGACUGGUGUCAUUGGUGGCAGGGUUACCUUGCCAUGUCUGAUGUCCCCAGAGCAGCUAAAACAGAAAAGUAACUCAAAAUAUCCCGCAGUAUCCCUGCAUUGGCGCAGGAUAAAUAGGGAACCUGUGAAUGUGGUCUCAGUGUACCCCAGUGGGAUUACGUACACCAACCUGCCCCUAAUCUCACGUGCCUCGGUCAGGAAGCCCAUGCUUGAUUCAGGAGACUUCUCUCUGCACCUGCUAAAUGUUAGGAAAACCGAUGCUGGGAAUUACACAGGACUGGCAGUGUACGGGCGAGUGAAGAAGAACUGCAGGGUAGAACUGCGUACCAUAGAAGUCACCCAGUCCCCUGCAGGUCUUGUUCCUGAAAACAGCUCGGUCACCCUGAAUUGUUCUACAGAAAGUCCAAACAUGAAAACUAUCCGCUGGUUUCACAGAGGAAUUCCUAUCAAUCCCACAAGUAGAUAUGUACAAAGCGGCCACACACUUCGUCUGAUUGGCCUCACUCAAGCUGAACGGGGGAACUGGAGCUGUGAGGUGAAAGGUGUGAGGGCCACACUGACACUCCAAGUACUAGGAAUUUUGGGAUCUACGUCCCUCACCGUGUACGCAGGUGUUUCGUCCCGUGCUGAGUUACCCUGUGCUGUGACAAAUACUCCAAAAGAUGAACACCUGGCUGUUCAUUGGCUCAAAGUCCCCAACACGAACAUCAGGGAUGCUCAGGGCCAGACGCUCGUCCUCAAUUAUGUGAGCACAUGGAAUGCUGGGAAAUACAGAUGUGAUGUCACCUACAAAGGGAAUACGUUGAGCAGAUGGAUUGAUCUGAAAGUCAUUCAAGUCAUUCGAGUGUUACCAUCAGACUCUCGAUUCGUUAGGGAAGGCUCCAACCUGCAGAUAGAGUGUAAAGUCCACGAAUCCCAGCUUGAAGAACAGUAUGAGUGGACAGGACCUUCCACAGACAGUGGUCAUAGAGAGGUGCAGCGUGGAGCAGUGCUAAACCUGCCCAGUGUGCAAACAGAAGAUGCUGGUGUUUGGAAUUGUACCGUCUAUGGAAAGAAAGGAAUUGUGGGAAAAUCGCAGUAUAUGCUUUACGUCCACGCUGCCCAGACAGGGAUUCGCACAGCCUCAUCAUGGCAAAUGUAUGUCAUUCUCCUGCUGUCUUUUCUACUGGUGCUGGGAAUAGCUACAAUCGCUGGAUUGUCUGUCCAAAAUAGAAGGAGGCGGCUCUUGAACCUAGCUGCUCUUACAUCAAUGGAUCGCCCCUGCGUGCCUGCCAAAAAAAGUCUCAGCUUGUGAUAUGACGUCAUCCACUGCUCUGGGCUUUGUCAUGCCACCCGAAUAUGCCUGCCAAUAAAUUAAUGUGUAAAAGAGAAUCAUCCCCUGCUAAUGCCCAUCAAUAAAUGCCUGAGUGUAUGAGAUAGCAUUAUCCUGGACUUAGCUAUGCUCAGUCAAUUGUAUUCUGAUGUGUGUUUUAUCAGUGCAGUUAGGUGCCGAAGCCACAGCAUUGAUUUAGAUGUGGGUCAGUGUAUCCAUGCUAAAAGGGCCCAAGAUACUGGUCAUAAACAGAUUUAUUGGGUUAUUA